AUGUCGAGUACAGAUGCGCUCUUCGAAGGAUGGGUAGGACACGACAAGUCGUGUAUCGGCAACAUGAAGUGGGAAACCUACACUCCCAAGCAAUGGCGCGAAACGGACAUCGAGAUCAAGAUUGAGUGUUGCGGCGUGUGCGCUUCGGACCUGCACACUGCGCGGUCAGGAUGGGGACCGACGCGCUAUCCUUGCGUUGUCGGCCAUGAGAUUGUCGGCACUGUCGCACGCGUGGGAAAGCAGGUUUCCGGCUUUAACAUCGGCGACCGUGUCGGUGUGGGUGCUCAGUCGGACUCGUGCAAGAGUUGCGAGGCCUGCAAGAACGGCGACGAGCCUUGGUGCGAAAAGGGCAUCGUAGGCACGUACAACGGCGAUUACUCGAGCACCGACGGUUCAGGCUUCUCGAUGGGUGGGUACGCAAAAUACUCGCGUGUGCCGGCUCACUUUGCGGUCCACAUCCCGGACUCCUUACCUUCCACAGUGGCUGCCCCACUCAUGUGCGGCGGCGUCACGGUCUACAACCCACUCAAGACCAACGGAUGCGGGAAUGAAGGCGUCAAACGAGUCGGUGUCGUAGGUAUCGGCGGUCUCGGCCACUUUGCCCUCAUCUUCGCUAAAGCUCUCGGAGCCGAAAAGAUCGUCGCCAUCUCGCACACGCAUUCCAAAGAAGAUCUCGCGCGCAAGCUCGGCGCUACUAAUUUCAUCGCUUCAGGCGACGAGGACCCCUGGUCUGCCCAUAAGCGCUCGUUGGACCUGCUCAUCUUGACUAACAACAACGCUGAUAUGCCCAUCACCGACUACCUCACCCUGGUCCGGCCUCAUGGAAAAGUCGUCGCUGUGGGCGUGCCCGAGGAGCCAUGCAUGCCCACGCCUCUGCCCGCUUUGGCUUUUAGCGGCGUCUUCUUGGGCGGCUCGCUUAUCGGUGGGCCCGCCAUCAUCAAGGAGAUGCUUGAAUUGGCCGCCAAGCAAAACUUGAAGCCCAUGAUUGAGCAACGUGACAUGAAGGACGCCAACCAGGUGGUCAAAGAUAUGGAUGCCGGCAAGCCUCGAUUCCGAUAUGUGAUGGUGAACAAAGACUACGAGCCUGUCAAAGCUUGA